UUCAACGAAUGUUAGAAGAGUUUCUGGUGCGAGAGCUGCGGAUGAACAUACAUCGAAGUAUUAUGGGAAGUUUAUCCACUAGUAUUUAAACUCAGGUGAUAUUAUAUCAUUAGUAUGUCAUGUCAAGUAAGUAUUAAAUCAGAACAGAGUUUGACAUGACUUAUAGUAACUUACCGCACUGAGUUCCAGUAAGUUAGAUUGACUGGCGUAACUCUCUUCAACAUGACAUUUGUGAUUCCACUUGAAUGAAUGAAUAUUAAGUUAACUCGAAAAAGUUCUAAACGCGGUUGAAUCGAGUGAAAAUGGGAGAUGAAUCAAAGUCAGUGGAAGGAGAGGUAAAUGAUAAUAUAUAUUUUUCAAAAACAGCCGUGACUGAUGCUGAGGUGAGUUUUGAUCAUCACAACCCACCGCCGGAAACGCGUUUAUAUAAAAAGAGAUGGAUAAUGGUGUGUUUAUUCAGCUCAUAUUCGCUGUGUAACUCGUAUCAAUGGAUUCAAUACGGAAUCAUCAACAAUAUCUUCAUGCGCUUCUACGGCGUGGACUCUUUCACCAUUGACUGGAUGUCCAUGAUUUACAUGUUGACGUACAUUCCUCUCAUUUUCCCCGUCUCGUGGCUCCUGGAUAAAAAAGGUCUGAGGGUCAUCGCGCUCGUGGCCACGGCUCUGAAUUGCGCGGGCACGUGGAUCAAGGUGGCCAGCGCGAGACCGGACCUUUUUCCCGUGACAAUUUUGGGUCAGUUCAUGUGCUCCGUGGCUCAGGUGUUUAUUCUCGGGAUGCCCUCGCGCAUCGCAUCGGUGUGGUUCGGGUUGGAUGAGGUGUCCACUGCAUGCUCCAUCGGGGUCUUCGGAAAUCAGUUGGGGAUUGCAAUCGGCUUCCUUGUUCCACCAAUACUGGUUCCAAAUGUGGACGAUCUGGACACGUUAGCGUCUCACAUCAGAGUCAUGUUCUACAUAACGGCGGGUGUGGCCACUUUCCUGUUUGUGUUGGUUGUCUUUGUGUUUCAGGAGCGUCCGGAGAUCCCUCCCACCCACGCUCAGGCCGCGGCUCGGCAGAUCUCUCCGGAGAGCUACUCCUAUACAGCUUCCAUUCUCAGGCUGCUCCGCAACAAAGCCUUCAUCCUCCUCGUCAUCACUUAUGGGCUGAAUGUUGGCUGUUUCUAUGCUGUCAGUACGCUUCUCAACCGAAUGAUCAUUGAACACUAUCCUGGAGAGGAGGUGAACGCCGGCAGGAUCGGCCUCACAAUCGUGAUCGCUGGCAUGGUGGGUUCCCUCAUCUGUGGAAUCUGGUUAGACCGAUCUAAAACAUACAAACAAACCACUCUAGCUGUGUAUCUGAUGUCACUGGUGGGUAUGGUGAUUUAUGCCUUUACCUUGGAUUUGGGUCACCUGUGGGUGGUCUUUAUCACAGCGGGAGCCCUCGGGUUCUUCAUGACGGGUUAUCUUCCCCUUGGUUUUGAGUUUGCAGUCGAAUUGACUUACCCAGAGUCUGAGGGGACGUCUUCAGGGCUUCUGAACUGCUCUGCACAGGUAUUUGGGAUCAUAUUUACGAUCUGUCAGGGGAAAAUCAUGGACUCUUUCAAUACGCUGGCUGGAAAUCUCUUUCUAUGUGCCUUCCUGCUGAUAGGAACCUUCAUUACAGCCUGUAUUAAGUCAGAUCUGCGCAGACAGUUGGCGAACCAGCAAGCACUGGCAGCUGCAGCGUUGGCCAGGUCAUACGUUCAGGAUGACUGUGGGACGUCUCUCCUUCCAUCCACACACAUGUGACCAAUCAAUCACUGCCUGAUUUUAUUGCGCACUGUGGUUCAGAGCCAUUUGGAAACAUCUCCAGCACAAGCUUUUGAAGCCAAACUCUAAUGUGAACAUAACACGGAUCUU